AGAUUUUUCUUUUUUGUGUCUUUUUGUUGAAGUUAUUAUUGAAGUAAAGCAAAAAUACGACCAUGACUCUGUUUAGAAAAACACCAAUAUCAAGAUUAUUUAGUUUAGAUAGAAAAGAACUUAAAUAACAGCAUGUUUUUAUUCCUGCGCAGUCGAUUGUAUUUGCGUAUAAACCAGUGGUUCUCAAACUUUUUUUGAUUGCGGCGCAUUAAGCAAUUAAAAAACAAUUUGCGGCACACUUAAAAAGGGAUUAGUUGCUAUAAAUGUUAAACUAUUUUAUUCUGCAAAUGUUAAUGCGAUGAGUGUGCUUGUUUUGAGGAACAAAUAAGAUUGAAACGAUCUUCCGUCGUUGCAAAGCACAUCCGCUUUUCGUCUUUAACCUUUUUUGUUUACCGUAAUUUCAGUCAGAGUGGAGAACCCGUGUUUAUAGACCCAUGAAAAUGCAAAUUGGAAUAUUAUUUUGAUGGCUUGUGCACCGAUUAUUGGAUAGCAUUUGUAAGCAAAUAGCAAAAACUCGUCUAAACAUCCUUUACUGUUAGCCUAACUAAGCACGCAAGUCAACGUGGUUGGAGGUGGACGCCUUGUUUACGAAUACAUUAUGACUUCAUAAUUCAAUACAAUUAUAACGUAAUAUUUACCCUUACUACAUCGAUAAGGCGAAUGCAAAAAUAUUAUCAGUUAUAUUGUAUAGUGUGCGCUAAGUCCCAUAAGCUUGCGUGCAUGCCUUAGAAUAGCUUAUCUUCUGAAUUUCAAUAAAGCGUCGCGACACACCUGAGAAUCUCGCACGGCACACAGUUGAGAAAUGCUGGUGUAAACAGACGCUUGAGUUGUAUACAGGUAUUAGAGCGUUCGUGGUCCCUACCAAUCAUUUAUAAUCCAUAUUCAGCCACAUAAAUGACCGUUGCUUUGUCAAGUAUGGUUCAUUUACGGUCGUGUAUGUCCUAUACUCGCUGGUAUCUCGUAAAUAUACUUACUUGGUUAUAUCAGUAGUUUUUAAACGUUUUGUGUUUUGGCACAUCUAAAGUUCUCGCGACAAGCGUAAUAAAGACGCGUGUUAACAAGCAUUUAUUAUUAUAGGAAGGCACUUGAAAAAAAUUGCAAGUUAAUAUACCGGAUGUAAUAAUUGACAUUCAAAAUUGAGGAUCGCUGUAAUUAUUGAGAGGGCACGUGACUGUGCAUAUUGUUCUAAUAAAAAGUUGAACUAGUUUCCGUUUUUGAUCUUAGACGAAAAGAUUACGGACAGCAUUGAUGUCGCAAUGUCACGUUAUGUUGUACGUCCCGAGCGGCUCAAAAUUAAGUAAAUUAAUGGUCAACAACAAGGAUGACCAAUAUAAGUUUAAUUCAAAUAUAAGCGCAAAACGUUUGCCGCACACUUUGGCCUGGUUUAAUGGCACACAAUUGAGAAACUCAGAAAAGGGAAAAAAUACACUCACAGUCUACGAAUAACUUUGCAAAUCUUCUCGACGAGAAUGCAAAUUGUAACUGCAUUCAACACGACAGAUCAGACAAACUCGUCAACAUCAGACACGCACAAUGACGGCACAACAACCAGUACGGCAAGCAAAACUUUUCCGUUUGUUAAAUACGAUUACCGAACAAUGACGACAACCGAGGACUUGUUACAUCAUAAAGAAUAUUCAAGCCACACUACUAAUUUGUCAACAGCAACACAGUUGCCACAUAUACUGGAAAAUAGAACUCACAUGCCAGAAAUAAUGGAGGACAACCGCGUCACAACGACGGAUAAUGAAUCUUUAUUGAGUCGAAUUAAUACCACCAUAUCAUCUUUUUCUGGGAAGUAUGCCAUUGGUGAUAGUUAUGGAGAAUGGCUGUUUUGUUACUCAAUGACAGCAGUUUUUCUUGCGAUCACCUUCUACCUCCUAAUUGCAUUUGUCGUCUACCAAAAGAAAACUAGAUUUGCAGAUAAGGGACAUGAACGCGACGUCAAAGGUUCGCGAUUUAUUGACAUUGUGCUGUUGCUUAGCAUCCUUGGGAGUAUUGUAAGACUUAUACUAGACUUCUGGACCGAGGUGAACUGCGAGGUGUCAUUAAAAGUAAACCUUGGUCUUGGAGGUUGUUGCCUAUCAAGCGUGUAUCUUAUGCUAUGGCGAAGACAACGCUUCCUAUACGCGCAUAAAUCUAUGAUGUCAUUGGCAUCUCCUAUCGUGAAUAUCUUGAGUUGGCUAACUCUAGUGUUUUUGUUACUAACAGUAGUGGUAAAUUUUGUGUUUUUUGUCGUACUUCCCAUCGAAUAUCAGGAAACUGAAGACUAUAAAUGCGAAUUUGGAAAAGAUAACUUGGCAACGAUAAAAUGGGCUGUUCUUGCUGCUUCUUCUGUGACGUUUCAAUCGAUUUUAUUGGGAUUAUUUAUGUAUCCAUUAUGCGCUCAUGAAAAGAAAAUGAAAGACGCAAAUAUCAAUCGACCAGUGACGUCAUUGAGAGCGCUGUUGAAAAGAGUACUCGUUACAGCAAUAAUAUGCAUUGUUAGUGAUGUAAUCGUUGCCGCUGUUGCGUCAUUAAUUAAAAGACCAACUGGAGAAAUCAAAAGUCUUGCCUACACUUUUGAUAUAGCGAUUAACUUAGUCUGUAUUAUAUGUUCUUUUUCCAACUGGAGACAAAGACUUUUUCCAUUCAACAUGGCGACGAAACUUCCUACUAAACAACAGCCAAGCUUUGUAACCCGUAAUUCGACUAUAGAAUCAAAUGCUUAACAUUUAUAUUACUUCUGGAAUUGACGAAUAAAUUAAUAAAUAACAAUAUACAACUUCUAGCGCAACAACAGACAUAAUAUCAAUUUUGUGUUUGUAUGUUCUAAACUUCUAAAGAUAAUAAAAAUUUAUAAAAAAAAAAUACUGACUGUGGAGCAAAGACCAUCAGGGAAGAAAUGAUAAAGCAAGCGAAUAUAAUUAUCCUACUUUGCACAGUAUACACAAGCGUUAGAUCUUUUGUAGAAGGCCACCGCCGAAAAUUGCACCACACCAACGCUAACGUGGUAAGCGCAAUCUGCAGUGACUAAAACGUGGCGGGGAUUUACUUCAAAUCUCACAAUUUUGCAUUCGUGGCAGGGUUUUCUACAAAAGAUUCUGAUCGUUUGCCGGGAGACUUUCUAUCCCUUCGGGCUAUUUGCGGAGUCAAUGGUUUUGACAUCGUGUUUCCACAGGUCGCGACGGGGUUCUUCAUCCCAAGUGUAAACAUGUGAGUUAUUUUUCUUGGUGCAGAGGACAUAUUUUUGCAUAAAUACGAGGGUAAAUUUUAUUCUUUUUUUUUUUUUUUGUUGGAAAUGGAGUCGGAUUUUUAUUCUCCGCAGUCGAUAUUUCGGCUAAUCAAAGGGAGAGUUUCAUAUUUUGGAAUCGAAAUUAUUAACAGAAACUGAAGCUAAGCAAAAGCUUGAAAGUAAACGUUUUAGUAAGCAAAUUCAUAUCAUGCGCAGGUGAUAGAUGCAGUCGGAGUCUAAGUUUUUUGAAUGGUUAGAUUUAAAAUGUAUUUGACAAUUGUAAUUGAUUGCAGUAUUUUGUUUAAUACUCCUAAUUCUAAAUUGUUGACUUAAACUCCAAACUUAAUUAAAUAUUGCACCUUGGGUGUCGGUGCUCGAUGACCAGUUUUGGUUCCCCGCGACCUCUUUUUUUCCAGUAAAAAUGAGUGUUCAAUUUUAUUUAUUUGAUUCUCUAUUUUCGUAUGUUAUUUUUUACUGAAUGGAAAAAAUAAACUUGAUUAUUACUAUGUUGAAACUUUUUAGUCGUUCUCAGGCAACGA